GGACACUGGUGGCUUUGCUUUCGCGCGGAUGGGCGAUCAUAUGUGCGGUCUAUGCGGGAACUUUCACGGAGGUUAAAGGGCGAAUUGAAGGAACUGGGCUAUUGAUCUAUUCUAGUCUAGGAAUACCGAUGAAGUAUGACCUCGAGUGCGACUGCUAACCACUCUCCCGACCCCGCUGUCAACCGUCCCCAACCUGUUUCACACAAUUCGGACCGUUCCCGCAGCGCGACCACGGAGUCCAGCACGGUAUCUCCGGAUCAUAAAUCACAGGGGGAAAAUGUGAAUCCCCUCGAGGGCGAUUCGGGGAGUGAACCGAUUGCAGCACACCCUGAGCGGGAUACGGGCCCAACGCUGGAGGAGGUAGAUGAGUUUGGGCUCCCGAUUCGAGUACGUGCUAGGCCUGUACGCUCGAUGAGCGAAUCCUCGGGUGGUGAAGAGUUUCAUGAUGUUGAGGAGGUUGUCUCAGACCCGGAUCGUGGUGGUCGAGCGAAUGAUCAAGAGAGAAAGCCCGUAAAUGAGGUAUUGGAGUCGAGGGUACACCAGGAGGAAGGUACAACAUCGGUUGCGAAGGCUAAAGACGAAGAGAUGGGGACACAAUCGUCAGCGGCAGCUUUGGGGCCUUGCCCUGUUGAGCAUCCGCAGGAGAAGGGCGCGAGCGUACCUGAGGGCAAGGACAAGCAUCCCACCGCUAAUGGCGCACUUCCAGGUCAUGGGGAUGAAGCUCCACCUCCUUACACAGAGAAGCCGGCUGUAGAGAACCCCACUGCUGCUGAGCACUCGGAUGCCCUGCAAAAGAAACGGUCGAGCAUGAAAGCUUCGGCAUGGUCACAUCAGCGGCUCUAUGAGUCCAAGGACUCCGAGGAUGAGAGUGAAAAAGAAAGCGAUGGUGGGUGGCAAGAUAUGCCCGCUAUCGACGAAUUUGAUGUCUACGAUGACCACGGGCGGUUAGUUGCUCGCGGUGCUAAACCGGAGGAUAAUGACGCCGUGUACAAGGGUUUGGGAGGUGCCGGAAAGGGAUAUACCAGAGUGCAACAUGAUGAGGAUGCUCAGUCGGCGACCAGUCUAGAUGAAGAUACAAGCUAUCUUUUUAAGGAAGCCGCUCACAACUCCGCUGGUGUAGAAGGAGAAGAGUUGCGCGAUGCAGUCAGUCAAUUGCAGGCCACAAAAGAUCUACUGACUGAAAGUCAAAGGAUAGCAUACGUUGGGGUCGCCAGAUUAGCCAUAUUCCAGAUGACUAGAGAUCUGGACAGGAUUCCCUCAACCAAAGGUGCACGCAAGGCGAAGCAAAAAAGUGUUGACUCAAUGCGUAAAUGGGGCCAAACAAUGAUGGCUCGGAUCUAUGCUCAUAUGGAUAUCGAUACUGCUGAGCAGAUCAUGAUUGAGCAAUUGGCUGAGCAUGGUGUCCAACCUGCGGAUCUCGUCCGACCUCUUAUGCAGAAUGCUCGAGUGAAAAAUCCUCUGGCUGAGGAGGUCGAUACGCCAAAGAAAUCCGUGUCGCCCCCCACCUCCCCAAGACCGAAGGAGGAAUAUCGAAGCAGCCCAUCCUCCGAAGUUGAUAGGUCCCCGUCACCUCCACCUUAUGAGACACAUGAGGGUGAAGACCUCCCCGAAGUCCGUACUCCCUCCCAGCUACCUACUUCGUCGAAAAUUGAUAUUGAUCUCCGGUGGACGGUGCUUUGUGAUCUCUUCCUUGUCCUCAUUGCAGAUUCGGCCUAUGAUGCGCGUUCACGGUCCUUGUUGGAAAAGAUAGGUGAAUCUAUGGAAGUGCCCUGGUUACAGAUCGCCCGUUUCGAGAAGCGCGUGGUUGAUGCUCUAGAAAUGCAGGAGGAAGCAGACAAAGAAACCUGGGAUGAAUCGGAUCACAUGGAAAAAAGGCGAAAGAUGGCUUUGAAACGAAAAUACAUGGUUAUGGGCUUAGCUACAGUUGGUGGAGGCCUAGUCAUUGGUCUCUCUGCAGGAUUGUUGGCCCCGGUUAUUGGUGCCGGUCUUGCCGCUGGGCUUACCACUGUAGGAAUCUCGGGGACAAGUGCUUUCCUGGGAGGAGUAGGCGGCACAGCACUUAUUGCUUCUGGAGGCACCUUAACCGGAACUACAAUUGGGUUGAGGGCUUCCAACAGACGUACAGGAGCUGUCCAGACUUUUGAGUAUCGCCCUUUGCACAACAACAAAAGGGUCAACCUGAUCGUCACCGUGUCCGGUUGGAUGACUGGUAAGGUGGAUGACGUCCGAUUACCCUUUAGUACAAUCGACCCUAUCAUGGGAGAUCUGUACUCGGUUUUGUGGGAGCCUGAAAUGCUUCGGAGCAUGGGAGAUACCAUCAAUAUUCUCGCUACGGAGGCCUUGACUCAGGGACUGCAACAAAUCCUCGGAAGCACCGUACUAACGGCUCUAAUGGCGUCUCUGCAAUUGCCACUUAUCCUCACCAAGCUUUCAUACUUGAUUGAUAAUCCAUGGAUCGUUUCGCUGGCUCGCGCUAACGCAGCUGGGCUUAUUCUGGCGGAUUCCUUAAUGGAACGCAACCUCGGGAAACGGCCUGUCACGCUCCUGGGCUUCUCUCUCGGGUCACGGCUUAUCUUCUCUUGCUUAAGGGAACUUGCCGAUCGGGGUGCCCAUGGGCUCGUGCAGAAUGUCUAUAUGUUUGGAUCACCUAUUGUGGCCAAUAAAGAUGAAUAUUUGAAGGCCCGUAGCGUCGUAUCUGGCCGCUUUGUCAAUGGGUAUUCCUCAAAUGACUGGAUUUUGGGCUAUCUCUUCCGUGCAACAAGCGGUGGGAUCAUGCGUGUGGCUGGUCUCGCGCAAGUGGAAGGAAUUCCUGGCCUUGAGAACUUCAAUGUGACCAAACUUGUGAAUGGCCAUAUGGAUUACCGAGCAGCCAUGCCCCGACUCUUGAAAGAAGUGGGAUGGGAGGUCCUCAGUGAAGAGUUUGCAGAGCUCGAGGAUCCAGAUCCAGACGACCAUGCAGAGCGACAGAGAGAACUUAUCCGCGAGAUCGACGAGGCUCGACGAGAAGCCGAGGCCAAACCAGAAAAGAAAAGAUUCGGUUUGUUCAAACGAGGAAAACUGGCUCAAAAGAAAGGCUGGGAAACAUACGACGUGGAGCGUAAUAAUGCCAUCCCUCGGGAUUCGAGUGACAGUAACGGAACAGGAAAUGUGUUAUUCGAUAUCGAUGCGAUCAGAGCUGAACUUGCAUCCGAGAGCAUUGAAGUUAAACAACUCGAGUCGACUCUUCCUCCUAUGAAGUUAGACUUAAACUCCCCAUCCAGCUCAACCACAGCUUCGCCGACACCAUCAGAUAGUAAAGAUGCUGCGAAGGCCCCCACGCUUGAUAAACCCGUGCCUCAAUCGCCGCUUGAAUCUCAGUCUCGGCCCAAGGCUUCUAUUGAUCAGCAUUCUUCUACACAAAAAGAAGAAGAGAUAGAAAUGACUUUUGACACAUCCUACCAUGAACCUCUUCAGCGUUCGCAUUCGUCCUAUGAACCCACAGUUGCUGCUUCGUACAAUGCUCAACCUACACGGCCAGGGCUGCGAUCUUCGUUGACGACGCCGGCUGGUGUUGGUAUUGGCAUUGGUGCCAGUGCGCUCGGUGCUUUGGCUCUCGAGCCUAACGCCUGGGCUGAUCAUGAUGUAGGGUAUGGGGACGAGGGAGAGAUUCAGAUGAGCUUUGAGUGAUGAACUUUCACGACUAUAAAACUAGAACGAAGAUGCAUUUGUCAAGCUUGGUUAUGUGAAUUUUGAUGUCGAAUGUUCGCUGGAGUACAAAUAACUUCUGUUGGCUUGCCUUUUUUCUUUUCUUUCCCUUUUUCUUCAUCUUUUCCCCUUUCCUUAUUUAUUACUUUUCUCUUCUUCUACCUUAGCCACUACCCCCUUUCUCUUCUUCCAUAUUCAUAGAAGGUGCGACCUUAUUGAUCUUACUCUGUGUUGAUGGAGAUCCAAGAUUCAUAUUGUUACUUGAGAUCCGACCUCUAGUGCAUACUUAUUUUUGCUCUUGCACAUCAUUCUAUCGGGGCACAAUACAGCAUUAUAAUCGGUUCAUAAGCCAUUGUCUUUCUUCUAUUUUGGUUGAGCGCUUCGUCAGUUCAUGUCCGGAUUGCGGGCCGUUAUUCUUAACACCCAUGAGCUACUGUAUUAACCCGUACAAAUUACCGUUUCUGUCAAGUACCAAUUAAUGAUUUGCUUAAAAAGUACCUA